AUGGAAAAGAGGAGCAAUGUGACUGAAUUUAUCCUCCUGGGGCUCACACAGAGCCCUGAGGGGCGGAAAGUUCUGUUUGUCGCACUCUUACUCAUCUACGUUGUGACGGUCCUGGGCAACCUGCUCAUCGUAGUGACCAUCGCGGCCAGCCAGUCCCUGGCUUCCCCCAUGUACUUUUUUCUGGCUUAUUUAUCAUUUAUAGAUACUGUCUAUUCGACCGCCAUUGCUCCCAGAACGAUCACAGACUUGCUUUCUGAAAGAAAGACCAUUUCCUUUCAGGCUUGUAUGACUCAAGUUUUUAUAGAUCAUUUAUUUGCUGGUGCUGAAGUCAUUCUUUUGGUGGUGAUGGCCUAUGAUCGCUACGUGGCCAUCUGUAAACCGCUCCAUUAUUUGAUCAUCAUGAAUCGGCGGGCGUGUGUCCUCAUGCUGUUGGUGGCGUGGAUUGGAGGCUUUCUUCAUUCGUUAGUUCAAUUUAUUUUUAUUUAUCGGCUCCCAUUCUGUGGCCCUAACGUCAUGGAUCACUUCACGUGUGACAUUUUCCCCCUGAUACAACUGGCCUGCACUGACACUUUUCUUGUUGGUCUCCUGGUUGCUGCCAAUGGUGGGGUAAUCCCUGUGAUCACCUUUGUAACAUUGUUGAUAUCCUAUGUGCUCAUCCUGUGCUCCUUGAAGACUCACAGCUCUGCGGGGAGGAAAAAGGCCCUUUCUACCUGUGGCUCCCACAUCACCGUUGUUAUUUUAUUCUUUGUGCCCUGUAUUUUUAUGUAUCUGCGACCAGUAGCCACCUUUCCCAUGGAUAAAGCCAUAGCAGUGUUUUAUACUCUCGUCACUCCCAUGUUAAAUCCGGUUAUCUACACAGUGAGGAAUGCAGAGGUGAAAAAUGCUAUCAGAAUGUUGUUAAACAGGAAUGUAAUUUCAGGGAAUAAAUGA